AUGUUGAGAAGGCAAAGAAGCAAUUUUAAAGCAUUUCAGCGUACAAUUAGCAGCAUCGAUCUCGACAUUGUCUCAGAAAAAUGGGAAUACGAAGAUAUUUUGAAGUCGGUACAAUCACGCUGGACCAUCAUUGACGCGUUGCACUGGGAGAUAGACAGCGAACUAUACGAAGACGAUCCAGAAUACGAAGAGAUGUUUAGCAGCUAUGAAUCCAAAUUUAACGAAAUCAAAAAAAGUAUCAACAGCAAGAUGUGGUCUGAUCUGUAUCGGGAGAAAACCACCCCGAAAAUGGAUAUCCCUGUAUUUAGUGGGAGCUACCACCAGUGGUUAUCCUUUAAAGACUUGAUUCACGACACCACCAACGAAUGCCUUAAUGCUAUCAAAAACUUGGGAGUCAGCAUAGAGAACUGGGACCCUAUCAUCGUAUAUAUAAUCACGCAAAAAUUAGAUGCGGACACUCACAACGACUACAUCGAGUCACUCAAGCAUCCGAGAGAUUUACCAGUUUUAAAAGAUUUAUUACAAUUUUUAGAAGCCAAAUUUACCGCUCUAGAGUCCUCUAAACGAAAACAAGAUCCCUCAAAAUCUAUCCCAAAAAGAUGUCAUAAGUGCCAAUUAAAUCAUCAUACUUUGGUUCAUGAAGCCUUUGCCGCAUCAGCAAACACUGCAACGUCGAAUACAAAGUCCAACAGCACCGUUUCUAACUCUAUUGCGUCACUAGAUGACACUCAGGAGAUUUUAUUAGCAACCGCUCUGAUCAACGUCCAAGCUGUUGAUGGCUCUCUUCAUACCAUGCGAGCGCUUAUCGACCAGGGAUCUCAAACGUCUAUUAUCACUGAGAAUGGCGCUCAACGGUUGGGACUACCUCGUAAGCACUGCAAGGGAGUUAUCUUAGGAGUAGGAGCGAAAGAAAAUAAUUGCAAAGGUACUAUGAACAUCACCCUAUUAUCUUGUCAUGACUCGUACCAGCUUAAUCUAGAUGUAUUUAUCAUGCGCCACGCUGUAAACAAUCUCCCUAACAAAUCAUUUUCAAAACCAUCAUGGGAAUAUAUUAAAAACAUACAACUUGCAGACCCUGAAUUUUAUCGUAGCAGAACAAUAGAUUUAUUACUGGGCGCUGAUGUUUAUUCUUCUAUAAUUAUGGGAGGAAUCAUCAAAGAAAAUGACAACAUGCCUAUUGCGCAACAGACGCGGCUAGGCUGGAUUUUGUGCGGAAGUGUAAAAUCCUACAACUGUAAUGUCAUCAUGGUUGACUUAGACAGCAUUCACAAAUUUUGGUCCAUUGAAGAUAUUAACGAAAAUGAGGAAAUGUCGUUCGAAGAUUAUCAAUGUUUACAAAAAUACAAGGAAACUACUUUUCGCCAAUCCGAUGGAAAGUACGUGGUACGCCUUCCACUUCACUCUGACGCUGAUGAGAAGUUAGGAUUAUCGGAACCCACAGCCUGCGCACAAUUUUAUCAGCUUGAGCGUAAAUUCGACAAAAAUAAAAAUUUAACUUAUAAUUAUAAGCAGUUUAUUAAUGAGUAUAUCAAUUUAGGUCACAUGCACUUAAUAACAAAAGCGAAUAUGACACCAUUAUAUUAUAUGCCGCACCACGCUAUUGAAAGACCCGACUCUAUUACUACUUCGCUUAGAGUUGUAUUUAAUGCAUCGGGUAAAACGACAUCGGGUGUAAGUUUGAACGAUGUUUUAUACAGAGGCCCAAAUUUACAACAAGAACUUUUGAUUUUGGUUUUGAAAUGGAGACAAUAUAAAUACGCCUUUACAGCUGACCUAGAAAAAAUGUUCAGACAAAUUAUUUUGCAUCCCGAUGACCAACGUUAUCAAUGCAUAGUUUGGCGAGAUAAUUCAAAUCAACCUUUAAACAGAUAUCAGCUUAACACAGUGACAUAUGGCACUAAAUCAGCCCCAUUUUUAGCAAUGAUGACGCUUAAGCAGCUAGCUAUUGAUGAGCGUCAUCGUUUUCCUACAGCAGCAAAAGCGUUAGAACAGCAUUUCUAUAUGGAUGACGCUUUAUGUGGUAGUUAUGACGUCAUCUCAGCCACAACAUUAUGGCCCAACAUUAUGGAAGCCUUUCGUUGCCAACAGAGUUAA